CACCUUCCGGCGUUUAUUUGUGACGUGUACUACAUACGACGACGGCCAUGUGAGGAGCAGGCAGGAAACUUCUAGAAACAUUGUUGAAAAUUAGCUAAAUAAACGGUAUACAUCAAUCUAGUUAAGAAACAAUCCAUUGCCACAAUGUCUAGCGAGAAAGGCGUGAAUGGGGGUCCUGUUUUUAAGGAUAUAAGUGCCGAGGAAGAUGACAUGCAGCCAACGAUUAUCGAAAGCCUAUGCAUGAACUGCUACGAAAAUGGAUCGACUCGACUUCUUCUAACAAGAAUCCCUUUCUUCAAAGAAAUUAUCAUCAGUUCGUUUACCUGUCAUCAUUGUAACUGGUCAAACACUGAGAUUCAGUCUGCCGGUCGGAUCCAGGAGCAGGGCGUUCAGUACGCUUUGAAGGUGAAGGCAAAAAUGGACAUGAACCGUGAAGUAGUGAAGUCGGACAGCGCGACCACAAAAAUACCAGAGUUGGAUUUUGAAAUCCCUGCGUUCACUCAAAAGGGCUCUCUUUCGACCAUUGAGGGGCUCAUCGACAGGGCUGUGGCUGGACUUGAACAAGACCAAGUUGUGCGAAGGGCUACUGACCCAGACGUCGCUGUCAAAAUCGAUGAGUUCGUUGCCAGGUUAAAGGAGCUCAAAAACGCCGAAAGUGAGUUUACGCUAGUCAUUGACGAUCCCUCUGGGAACAGCUUUAUAGAGAACCUGUGUGCACCGAAUAAUGACCCAGAUCUUACUGUUACUCACUACAAGAGAACUGAACAACAGAAUGCAGUUCUGGGAAUACAAGAAAAUGACAUCCUAGAGCAGGAAAAACCUGGUAACGACUUGGAGAGCCUGAGAAAUGAGGUCCUGAUUUUUAACACCAACUGUCCCGAGUGCAAUGCUCCAGCCCACACCAACAUGAAACUUGUUCAGAUCCCACAUUUCAAGGAGGUAAUAAUCAUGGCCACGAAUUGCGAUAACUGUGGACACCGGACGAACGAAGUAAAAUCGGGCGGCGCGACCGAGGAGCAAGGGACUAAAAUAACACUUCUCCUGACCAACCCUUUAGACAUGAUGAGGGACCUUCUCAAGUCUGAGACCUGCAGCAUUCUCAUCCCCGAGCUGGAGUUCGAGCUGGGGAUGGGGGCGCUGGCUGGGAAGUUCACCACUGUAGAGGGUCUCCUCAAAGACAUCAGAGACCUCAUCCUGAAGAACCCGUUCUCCUGCGGGGACAGCUCAGCUGAGCGUAGCGAGAAGUUAAAAUCAUUCGCUGAGAAGAUUGACAAGAUAGUUGCAGGAAAGGAGCUUGCACACCUGGUCCUCGACGACCCGUCUGGGAACAGCUACAUUCAGAACGUGUAUGCCCCAGAGCCUGACCCAAACAUGAAAACAGAGAAGUAUACACGUAGCUUUGAGCAGAAUGAAGAGUUGGGCCUUAAUGAUAUGAAAACCGAAGGCUAUGAGGCAUAGAAGUGGCAUGGACAAGGGAAUUCAGAGCGAAAGGCUCUUAGGCCUAUGUAUGGGGCGUUUUGUUGUAGUCAUUAUUUAGCGUUUUAUUACCCUUAUGGGACUUGACUUGUCAUUUUGUUUAUGUAAGAAAGUAAAAGCCCCAAGAAUAAUUUUAAGGCACUUGUUUAAACCACAGAAAAUCAAUGCAGACAAAAUAAACUCUACUUUAAACACUUUA